AUGGAAGGAGGAGGAAAGAAGAGGAAGAUGGAGGAUGAAGAGGAGGAUGAAGAGGAGAAGAUUGAGAAAUUUUAUGCGUUGAUUAGAAGUACGAGGGAGGUGCGCCAGCUUCUUAGGGGCAAUUCAAAUGGGUCGAAAGAGAAGAAAUAUGAGAAGAAGGAAGACGACAAGGCUGCCGGGGGUUGGAACCCGACAUUUCAACCGGAAGACUUCCUUGAGGAUGUUAAGAUUUCUGGUCAUCAUGGAGGAGGUUCCUCUAAAGCAAAACAAGAGGAAGAUAAGAAAGAGGAAGAUAAAGAAAGUAAUGGUUUAAACCUAAACCUUUCUUUGUAG